AAACACAACAACACGAUAGCUCCUACCGAACAAGUCGAUACAACCCACAGAAUCACCGGCCAUGGCUGAAACAGCGACUCUAAACCAUCAUGCAGACACACAAGAGAAAUGUGCUCAGCGAGAACGAAACAGAGAGAGGCAAGCAAAUCGCCGAAGCCGGGUAGCUAGGAAAAUGGAAACCAAUGAGAACACCAUCAUCGUCUUAAAAUGGGGGUUGCGCGAGAUUGCCCGAGCUGCCCGUCAUGGAGAUUACGUCCAUGUCCAGACUAUCUUGAGGAGUCUGGAGCCCUCGCUCAUGGUUUCCGAUUUUGGAUCGGUGCCUCCAACUCUGCAAUGGUCCGACAGUUUCCCUGAUACUUCGACCCUUGGGGGGUUUCAACCUCGCUAUUUAACACAACCGAUUUUGGCCUUCCCCUUCCUCUAUCAACAGCAGUCGCUCAAUCAUAUGAUCUCAGAUUUCGAUGCUUGGACCCCUACCACAAAUGCGAAUCAGGUUUCUGGGUCCAUGAUAUCUCUGAACUAA